GUACGGUGGAUUGGUGUUAACUGUUACGUUUCACCGAUCUCCGUAGGCCCUGACCGUACAUAUUACCGUAGCUGCGUUUAUGAUACGGGCCCCACCAUACGGCUGCGUCUGCGCAUGCGGGAGCCGGGAGGGUAGGCUGACCCGCAUAUUGCCUGAGGCUCAAUGUGGACGAGCGUGUCGUGUGGACUGGUCUGUGGCAGUGACUGACUGGCGAGCGACCAAUACAGGUUGACCUCUGAGCACGAGUGGUCUCUACACUGGCGACGAGGAUUUGAACCGGCGCGGCGGGGCGACUUCUACGGCCAUGGAUGGGGCAGCGUCGGCCACCCUGCAGCUGGAGCCCUUCAACCCGGCGACGGACUCCUGGAGCCAGUGGGAGGAGCGUCUGCACUACUUCAUCGAAUGUAACGGCAUUCAAGGCGAGAGCAGGAAACGCGCCACGCUGUUGACGGUAUGUGGGAAAGAGGCCUUUUCGCUUAUUUGUAGCUUGAUAGCACCGUCUAAGACGUCUGAGAAGUCGUUUGAUGAGCUUUUGCAAGUAAUAAGGGAGCACAAAGAACCCAAACCAUCUGUCAUUGUGUCGCGAUUCAAGUUCAACUCGUGUCAACGAACGGCAGGCCAAUCCGUUGCUGAUUUUGUUUCUGUGCUAAGGAAGGCUACCGAGCACUGCUGUUUUGGAGCCACGCUUGAUGACAGACUCACUGAGCAGUUUGUUUGCGGCAUCAGGGAUCCUCGGAUGCAGCGGCGGUUGCUGUCAGAAUCCAGCCUGGACUUCAGCUCAGCACAGAGGAUCUGCCUGGCGAUAGAGGCUUCCAGCAGAGACGCUCACCUGAUCUCCGGCACACCGGGUACAGUGCCGGCAGAGGUAUGUGAGGUAAGGGCGCAAGGCCUGCCGUCAGGUCAGUCAGCUCGUCCAGGGGCUCGCUGUUGGCGUUGUGGCGGGAGGAGCCACUCACCUGAUGUGUGUCGUUUUGCGUCGUACAAGUGUCACAACUGUUCGAAAGCUGGACAUUUGGCUAAAAUGUGCACAGUCAGAAAGACGACAGUCAGACCUCGGAGGCAGCAGGGCAGAGCAAACGCCGUUGAAGCAGAUGAAGAAUGGGAGGCGGACUACACGACAGAUGUUGGCCGUGCAGAACAGGAUGAAGAGAUCUGCAGAACGGAAGCGGUCCAUCGGGACCUGCUGCUGAUGUAGCUGCUCACGAGCAGCUCAGCCCGUCGGAGCAGCUGACGGCCGCGCCGGCUGCCGAGGCCGUCUGCACUGGUCUGCCCACCGUACCGGAGACCGGUGGCCCUGACACCGGUGGCUCGCUGACGGCUGCGGCGACGCAGCCGACGGGAGGGUCCUCGACGGGGCCCGGCACGAAGGAUCUGCCCGCGAUGCCUCUGCCAUCUGAGCCAGCUCUUCCGAAGUCUGUGCCUGCAUCGGCUACGGAGAUGGCUCCGCGAAGAUCAUCUCGCGUGCGGAAACAAACUGAGUUUUUCCAGGCGUAACGUGUGUUUUCGUUAUCUAAACUUAUUUGUUAAAGGGAGGAG